AUGAUGGAGAGCAGGGCGAUCGAGACGGAGAAUGCUGCGCCGCCCUCCACCCCCGCCACCGCUGCGCCCUCUUCUGACGCCGUCGAUGCAUCCACUCCGCCGAGCAGUCCGCCUGCCUUUCCUUGGGAGCUGGAAAAAGAGAUGCAACAGACCUAUCACGCCCCAGAGAGGAAUGUCUUCUCGGUGCUAGGGAAGCGGAAACUCACUGCGAUGAGUGAGAAUGUCAUUACUACCGCGGCGAGGAAGACGAAGAGGAGCGAUGAUGGAAAGACACAGAUGCAGCUUCACCUGGGACAGAAGAUCCAGAAGAGAUGCAAAGAGUGCGGGAUGCAGUAUGUUGCUUCGUCGAAUGAGGAUCGACAAUUACAUGCAAAGUUCCACAAGCAACAUACAGAAGGUGUGGAUGUGGGAAUCACCUUUGUGGAGCAUGCGCCGGGUGGCAUGGGACGACGGUUGUAUGACGGUGUGGAAGGAAGAGAGGGAGACAAGAUUGUCAUGGUGGAUUGCUUCGACAAGAAGCCGAGACGGAGAAAAGGACAGGAGGUGCUGGACAUUGUGCAGAGAGACUUGGGGGCGGUGGAGAUUGCCGAAGCGGACAUCUGGGAGGCUCCUAAAGAUGACAUUGCCGAGCCCAGAUUUCGAUCUCUAAUGUACGUGCGAGAGGGAAAAUGCCUCGGUUUUCUGUUGGUGGAGAGGAUCAGCGAGGCAUUCGAAGUCUUGCCCCCUACCAUUCCAUCCGAAGAGGCUGCAAGACACACUCCGGCACCAGACAAGCACUUGGCGACAGCAAAGACUUCGGCAUUGGCUGCCCUCAAAGCACGAAAAAUGGCAGCAGAGGCCGCCCGCUUGCAGAAGGAGGCAUUACUCCAAGCCGCAGCCAAGAAGCCUCUUGUGCUCUCCAAGGUAAGAUCUCCUGCGGUCCUGGGGAUCUGCCGGAUAUGGACAUUACCUUCGCACCGAGGUCAAGGCAUCGCAGUAGCUCUGUUGGAUGCUGCGGUGGAGUGGCACAAUGGUCAUGUCAAGUUCAUCGAGAAGGACUUCCCAAAGUUGAAGCUGAAGUGGAGGUCUGAGAAGUUGAACGGCGAAGCGCUUGCAGAGAAGAUUGCAAUCGUCGAAGAAAGGAUGCGGACUUCGAAGGUCAUUGAGAAGAAGGAUGUGGCUUUCUCACAGCCCACAGCGGCUGGAACGAAACUAGCGAGGAAGUGGACCGGGAAGAUGAGUGGAUGGAAAGUGUAUGUGGACUGA